UGUUGGUCAAGACUAAAGAUAAGAUCAGAUGUCUAUAAAAAGAUGCAUUACAAGUUGUGUUGAUCCCACACCAGCUCCAAGAUGAAGGGUGUUCUAGCUUUUGCUUGCUUUUCAUGGAUUCUUUCUCUGUUCUUUGUCCCAUCUUUAGCCCAAGGCCCUCCAUACAAGGCGGUCAAUCUCGGUGCUUGGCUUGUAGCAGAGGGGUGGAUGACACCAUGGCUCUUUGAUGGCAUUCCCAACAAAGAUCUUCUGGAUGGAACUCAAGUCCAACUAAGGUCUACAAUGCUCAACAAAUAUGUAGUUGCAGAGAAUGGUGGGGGAAGCAAUUUGGUUGCUAAUCGCGCCAGUGCCUCUGGCUGGGAAACUUUCAAACUGUGGAGGGUCAAUGAAACUUCCUUCAAUCUCAGAGUUUUUGGAAACCAGUUUGUUGGGUACCAAGGAAAUAGUGUAGUUGCAGUAGCAACCACACCAGGACCGGUUCAAACAUUUCAGAUAGUGAGGAACAGUAAUGAUAAGUCCAGAGUACGCCUCAGAGCAUCUAAUGGCCGCUAUUUGCAGGCGAAAUCCGAGUCUGCAGUGACAGCAGAUUAUCAAGGCAAUAUCAAUGACUGGGGAGAUCAGAACCCCUCAGUAUUUCAGAUGACAACUUUUGGACAUUUACAGGGUGAAUACCAGUUAACAAAUGGAUAUGGACCAACUAAAGCUCCACAAGUCAUGAAGAAUCAUUGGAACACAUACAUAGUAGAGGAUGAUUUCAGGUUCUUGUCCCAGAAUGGCAUAAAUGCUGUUAGGAUUCCAGUGGGGUGGUGGAUCAGAUAUGAUCAGUCACCACCAAAGCCUUUUGUUGGAGGCUCCCUUCAAGCUUUAGACAAUGCCUUCACAUGGGCAGAAAAAUAUAACAUGAAGGUCAUCGUGGAUCUCCACGCAGUUCGAGGCUCUCAGAAUGGCAAUGAUCACAGUGGAACAAGAGAUGGUUCUGCAACAUGGGGAGAUUCCAACAUUGAUGAAACAGUUGCAGUCAUAGACUUCUUAACCCAAAGGUAUGCUAACAGGCGGGGCCUGGCAGCAAUGGAACUGAUGAACGAGCCAAACGCGCAGUUUGUCCCGUUAGAUACCUUGAAAACCUUCUACAGAAAAGGGUAUGAUGCAGUGAGGAAGUACACUGCGAAUGCCUAUGUAAUCCUAUCGAACAGACUAGGAAAUGCUCCCAACACAGAGCUCCUCGACUUCGCCAGACAGCUUCCUAAGACAGUCAUCGACGUGCAUUACUACAACCUUUACUGGGACCAAUUCUCGAGCUGGUCUCCACAACAGAACAUCGAUUACAUAUACCAAGACCGCGCUGCAAAACUGGGAGAGCUCACUCAACCUAACGGCAAUCCCCUCACAUUUGUUGGAGAAUGGGUUGCAGAAUUUGCGAAAGGCGGGGCAUCAACACAGGAUUAUCAGAACUAUGCCAAGGCUCAGCAAGAUGUUUAUGGGAGGGCAACGUUUGGAUGGGCAUACUGGUCUCACAAGUGUCAGUAUGAACAUUGGAGUCUCAGAAGAAUGAUCGAAAACGGCAUCAUCAAGCCCUGAGAAACAACAACCUACACUAAUUAUCUUGUCAAAUGAAACAAGACUGGGAAUAAUCUCACUUCAUGUUUUCUGCAGUUUCCCAAAACAAUAAUAAAUUUCUUAAUGUACUGUGACAUGGUAUAUCCGUUGCAUUAUGCUACCUACCUUAAACAGUGUGUUCCACUACAUACACCAUAUAUAUAGAUAUUCAAUUUUCUUGCCCA